AGGAAGGAUGCCCGAAGACGUCAUGACUGCAGGACUCUGCUUCCAUUGAUAGGCCUAUUACGGGAGGAGGAGGACGUUUCGAGGAAUCACUGGAUUGAAGGUGGUUAUAGGACUGAGGCCGACCUGCUGAGGUAGAGAGGUGGGAGGCUGGAAAACAUACUCUGGAAAACAUACUCAAUAAAGUGUUCAAAUCACUGCUGCAGCAUAGACAUUCGAUUGAAACGCUGCUCCUUUUGGCGCGAGGGCGUCUUCUGAUUUUCUUCAAUUUACAUACAGUGAGUUCCCUGCCCUUUCCGAACCAUGCCGUCUUGGUGCCCUCUCCUGUGUCGCCUAGCCAUGCUACUCUGUGUGUGGGCACCAUGCCAGGCCCAGUCGGACACCGAGCUUCCCCCUGGCACCCCCAUCAUCCAGCUGCGUCUGGCAGGGGACAAACGCAAGCACUACGAGGGCCGGGUGGAGGUCUACUACAAUGGCGAGUGGGGCACGGUGUGCGACGACGACUUCUCUAUCCAUGCGGCCAACAUAUUGUGCAGAGAGCUGGGCUACGUGGAGGCCGUGUCCUGGUCCCCGUCCUCCAAGUACGGCAAGGGAGAAGGUCGGAUCUGGCUGGAUAACGUCCACUGUUCGGGGCAGGAGAGAACACUGGCUCAGUGUAAGUCCAAUGGCUUCGGAGUGUCCGACUGCAAACACUCUGAGGACGUGGGAGUGGUGUGUAACCAGAGACGCAUCCCCGGCUUCAAGUUCAUCAGUAGCUUCACCAACAGUGUGGAGAGUCUGUAUGUCCAGAUAGAAGAGGUGCGCAUCCGGGCUAUCUACUCCCAGCGUAAGAGGGUCCCCAUCACAGAGGGUUACCUGGAGGUGAAGGACGGGGGGAAGUGGAGACAGAUCUGUGACGAAGAGUGGACAGAGAUGAACAACAGGGUCAUCUGUGGGAUGUACGGCUUUCCUGGAGAGAAAGGAUACAAUACUAAAGUCUACAAGCUGCUGGCCAAGCGGAGGAAGAAGAACUACUGGGACUUCGGAGUGAACUGCACGGGGAACGAGGCCAGCCUGCAUGGCUGUAAGCUGGGCCACAAGGUGGAGCUGAAGGGGAACGCCACCUGUGAGAAGGGGAUGCCCGUGGUGGUGAGCUGUGUCCCAGGACGGGCAUUUGCUCCCAGCUAUACCCAGGGCUUCAGCAAGGCCUACAGGGUGGAGCAACCCCUGGUGCGUCUGAGAGGUGGGGCCAACACAGGAGACGGGCGAGUGGAGGUGCUGAAGAAUGGCGAAUGGGGCACCGUCUGUGAUGACAGCUGGAACCUAAAGGCAGCGUCCGUGGUGUGUCGAGAACUGGGAUUCGGGAGUGCAAAGGAGGCCCUUGCUGGAGGCAGGCUGGGACAAGGAAUGGGCCCAGUCCAUAUGAAUGAGGUGGAGUGCUCUGGCUUUGAGAAGUCCCUCACAGAGUGUUACUUCAACAGAGAUGCCCUGGGCUGCAGUCACGAGGAGGACGCUGCGGUUAGAUGUAAUGUUCCUGCCAUGGGCUUCCAGAACAAACUGCGUCUGAGCGGUGGGCGGAACCCGUUUGAGGGGCGUGUGGAGGUGCUGGCGGAGAAGAAUGACUCGCUGGUGUGGGGCACAGUGUGUAGUGAUAGCUGGGGCACCAUGGAGGCCACGGUCGUGUGCAGGCAGCUGGGCCUUGGGUUUGCCAGCAACGCCUUCCAGGAGACGUGGUACUGGCCGGGAGACGUGAGGGCUGAUGACGUGGUGAUGAGCGGGGUCAGGUGCUCAGGAACGGAGAUGACCUUGGCCCAAUGCCUCCAUCACGGGAAACACCUCCACUGCCCUCGAGGGGGAGGGCGCUUCGCUGCUGGAGUAUCCUGCUCCGAGUCGGCCCCAGACUUGGUUCUCAACGCUCAGGUGGUGGAACACACCACAUACCUGGAGGACCGGCCAAUGUACAUACUGCAGUGUGCCAACGAGGAGCACUGUCUGUCCAGCAGCGCUGCCACCGCCACACCCUCCUCCUACCGUCACCUGAUGCGCUUCUCCUCCCAGAUCCACAACAACGGACAGUCCGACUUCCGCCCCAGGGCUGCACACAACUCCUGGGUCUGGCACGACUGCCACAGACACUACCACAGCAUGGAGGUGUUCACCCACUAUGACCUGCUGAGCCUCAAUGGCACCAAGGUAGCAGAGGGACACAAGGCCAGUUUCUGUCUGGAGGACACCCAAUGUGAAGAGGGUACUGAGAAGAGGUACGAGUGUGCUAACUUCGGACAGCAGGGCAUCACUGUUGGUUGCUGGGAUACGUACAGACACGACAUCGACUGUCAGUGGAUAGACGUGACAGACGUCGUGCCAGGAGACUACAUCUUCCAGGUUGUAAUCAACCCCAACUAUGAGGUGGCAGAGUCCGACUACACCAACAACAUUAUGAAGUGCAGGUGUCGAUACGAUGGCCACCGGAUAUGGACGUACAACUGUCAUAUAGGUGGCUCAGUGAGUUCUGAGUCAGAGGAAUCCUCUUUCCCUGGCCUCUUGAAUAACCAGCUGGGACACAGGUAGUGUGGAUGGACUCAAUAGAAAGACUGGGAGGAACAUUUUAUUUCACGAAACUGAUGAGAAUGACCAGCAAGACUGUUGUGACAUUAUCAACCACUAGAGGGAGCGCUGUACUGUGUUCCCUCCCUAUUGGUGCUGGAUGAAAAUGUAAAAGCCUUUCUCACCUCAAUGCCAACAUUUGAUGUAAGGA